CGGGGAGGCUGGAGGUUGACUUUCAGCUGGGACUCGGUGUUGGUCGAUCUUUCGAUCUUCUCCUCCCGUCUUCCUCUCAUCUCCUUGCUUGGGCUCGCACCUCCAGCUCUCGCUCUCGCUCUUUCUCCCAUGGCAAAGAAGCUCGUGCACUACGUAGUGGUCGAUGCAUUCACCGAGACCGCGUUCAAGGGGAACCCCGCGGCGGUGUGCUUCCUGGAGGAGGAUGAAGAGAAGGACGUGGAGUGGCUACAGGCAGUGGCCAGGGAGUUCAACAUCUCCAUAACUUGCUUCCUGACUAAAGUAGCUGCCUCGGGGACGGAGGACUGGAGCCCGAGGUUCCGCCUCAGAUGGUUCUCUCCCGUCACCGAGUUUGAUCUCUGCGGUCAUGCGACUCUAGCUGCUGCGCACACUCUCUUCACAUCUGGGAUGGUAGAUUCUGACACCAUCGAGUUUAUGACAUUAUCCGGAAUUCUGACUGCCAAAAGGGUUCCCGAAACGAAGUCAUCCCACAUUUUGAAGGUUCAAGAUGGUGAUUUGCCCGGGGUAUGGAUUGAAUUGGAUUUUCCUGUAGUCCCGAUCGCUGAAGAUGAUGCCGAGCGGAUUUCAUGUGUCUCCAAAGUUCUCAAUGGCACUUCCAUUGUUGAAAUCAAGAAGACAGCAAAGGGCGACCAUUUCAUUGUUAUCCCGUCGGGGAAAGAAGUUGAAGAAAUUCAGCCCCAGUUUGAGGAGAUACAGAGAUGUCCUGGGAGGGGUAUUGUCAUCACAGGAUCAGCUCAGCCAGACUCGGGAUUCGAUUUUGUCAGUCGAUUCUUUUACCCAAAACUUGGACUGAAUGAGGAUCAUGUAUGUGGCAGUGCACAUUGUGCUUUGGCACCUUAUUGGAGUGAAAAGCUGGGGAAAAAGGAUCUCGUUGCCUAUGCUGCAUCGCCCAGAGGUGGAGUAGUGAAGGUGCACUUGGAUGAGCAGAACCAGAGAGUGUCAUUGCGCGGGAAAGCUGUAACUGUAAUGAGGGGCUCUCUUCUUGUUUGAAUUUCUAGCGCUUCUUCUUGUUUCUGAACUUAAAGCACGUGAAAAUCACUACGUGAGAAGGAAUUGAAAUAAAUGAGCUUAUGUUGUGGGUUCGGUGGUACCGAUGGAGUAAUGUGAAAUACAUGAGAUCGCGUCCUUUCCUGUA